CGGGCCCGCGCGCCGGCUUCUACCGGCAGGAGCUGAACAAGACGGUGUGGGAGGUGCCGCAGCGGUUGCAGGGGCUGCGCCCGGUGGGCUCGGGCGCCUACGGUUCCGUCUGUGUCUCAGACACCGGAUGUACUUAGGUGUGAGCAGAGACGCCUGCCAUUCCCCCUACAAUCCUAGGAGGGUCUGCAUCCCACCCAGCCCUAACCAAGAGAGCUGAGAUCACUGCGCCCUGAAGUUAGGCCAUGGGGCCCGGACAGCCUGCCCACAGGGGCAGGAAGAGAGGGGCAAUGUGUGCUGUGUGAGUGCCCCGCCCACACCCUGAUACCCUGGAGAUCUGACAGCCCUUGCUAUAUUCACUUCUGGCCCAGAAUCACCUUUUGGGAGUUCCUAGGGAGUACCAAGCUCAAGAGACACCCAUCUCUCUCCCCUGCACCUAGUCUGCAUGGCCCCUGUGCAGCUCUGCCUAUGACGCACGGCUGUGCCAGCAGGUUGCGGUGAAGAAGCUGUCAAGACCCUUUCAGUCACCAGUGCACGCGCGGAGGACAUACCGAGAACUGCGGCUGCUCAAGCACCUCAAGCAUGAGAACGUCAUUGGACUGUUGGAUGUGUUCACACCGGCCACGUCCAUCGAGGACUUCAGCGAAGUGUACCUGGUGACCACUCUGAUGGGCGCUGACCUGAACAGCAUCGUCAAGUGCCAGGCACUGAGUGACGAGCACGUCCAGUUCCUCGUGUACCAGCUGCUGCGUGGGCUGAAGUACAUCCACUCAGCGGGGAUCAUCCAUCGGGUAGGUGCGGUCGGCUGGCUGGCUGAGUGUGGUGCCAGGCCGCUGCAGAGCCAGGCUGGGCAACUCCUGAGCUCACACCUGCCUGCCCUGCAGGACCUGAAGCCCAGCAACGUGGCUGUGAAUGAGGACUGUGAGCUCAGGAUUCUGGACUUUGGGCUUGCACGCCAGGCUGAUGAGGAGAUGACUGGCUAUGUGGCUACACGCUGGUACCGUGCACCUGAGAUCAUGCUCAACUGGAUGCACUACAACCAGACAGUGGACAUAUGGUCCGUGGGCUGCAUCAUGGCCGAGUUGCUCCAGGGUGUAGAAAAGCAGGUUCUGGGCAGUGCCCUGAAGAUCUGGGGGCCUGGGAAGGGUCUCUGCCUGGCCAGUGGGCAUUUCCUGAGCCAGGCAGACAUUGACCAGCUGAAGCGCAUCAUGGAGGUGGUGGGCACACCCAGUCCUGAGGUUCUGGCAAAGAUAUCCUCGGAACACGCCCGGACAUACAUCCAGUCCCUGCCCCCCAUGCCCCAGAAGGACCUCAGGAGCAUCUUCCACGGAGCCAACCCCCUGGCUGUGGACCUCCUGGGAAGGAUGCUGGUGCUGGACAGCGACCAGAGGAGCUCACCUACCAGGAAGUCCUCAGCUUUAAGCCCCCAGAACCACCGAAGCCGCCUGGCAACCUGGGCCCUGAGCAGUGAGCGUGGUGCUGCCCCCGGCGCAUGGAUGCAAGGAGGGGCCUACUCUGCCUGUGCCCUUCUCGGCCUGCCAGGUUCCCACACAGGGUGGCUCCCAACACCACGAUGGCUGGCAGCCCUGGUCCCUGGCCCGGGACCUCUCAUCUGCACACCGCUCCUUAAGGGCAGUCCAUGUAUGCAUGUGAACUCAUGAAAGUGUGCGCAUGUGCGAGCCGUGGGUGUUGGAGUCCGGGCCAGCGUCCUGGACUCCCUUGGUCCUCCCGCCCCCUUCCAGCUGCUGGGUCUCCCUGGGGGCCUCACCAUGGGGGCUGGGAGGCCAUAGGGCUCCUCUUGGGGACCGUCUGCCUCCAGAUCGCCUCAGCCCCAGAGAGCUGUCUCUGGGGGGCGUGCAGAGACCCAAAGGGAGGGAGGGGUCUCAGUGGUCAGAGCUGCUCAGCCUGGAAGUGAGAGUUUCCCCUUGGAAAUGCUGAGACCCAAAGGUCUGACAGCUGGCCAGGGUCUUCCUUGGGGAGUGGCGGGGCAGGAACAGCCACCAGGUGUCAAAUCAGAAAAUCAUCCUGGAGCCACGUGUUCCCUGAGCCAUGUGUGGCAUGUGCACUACCAUGUACUGUAUCUUCAUGGCCAGGUCUGUGCACAUACGUGUGAAUCUGUGGGCACCCUGAGUGCCAGUGGCCAUGACCAGCUGGAGGCCCCAGUUGGGGUGGCUGUACUGUUGCUCUCCUCCCCCCAGUUCCUGAUGCCAUGAGGGUGCUGAGAUCUUGCUGUGCACCAUGUGAGGAGCUUAGGUGGGCAAGGGGCCUUCUUGGGUAUAGGGACUGCAGCAGGUCCUGAGGCAUAAGAACACAGAGUCAGCUGGGGAGCCAGCAGGCACAGGGGCUUCAUCCAGCCUUGAGGACACUAAGGGGGCAGCACACACGGAUCUGGACCUGGACCUGGACCUGGACGUUGGCCCAGAGCUUAUGAAGAGCCUCCGCCUGCUCCUCCUCUGCCCUCUCUCUGGCUCUGGGUUGGCCCUCACCCUAGUGAGCUGUGGACAGCAUCCUGCCUGAGACAUGGAGGUGUGAGUCCGCCCCAUAGGGGCUUCUCGGUCAGGUGGUCAGAUGGUGACCGCCCACCUCGCAUGACUCAAGGAGUUCUGAAUGUUAAGUGCCUGCACCAGGGUUUUGUAAUAAAGGGGGUUCCCUCUUGCUCA